UUUAAUUGGUUAAAAGUGUAUGACCGUCCCACUCUCCGCCUUUCUGCCCAACAGUCCGGUAGAAAGAGGGCCUUGUUGUGGCCUGGAGCGGUUCAUUGACCAACAUUAUACUGCAGGUCACAGCAGGACAGCGGAACAACAGGCUGCCAGUGAGAGAUUGAAUCCAGCAGCCACAAUGGCAGACAGCGGGAAGACUAAUGAGACUGGAGCUGCAGCAGCAGAACCAGCUAAUGGAGACCAGCAGAAUGUUGUUUCCCGAGUGAGCAAUUUGCCUCUGGUCAGUUCAGCUUGCGGAGUGGUUUCCAGCGCCUAUAGUAGCACCAAAGACAGUGUGCCCUUGCUGAAGGGAGUGAUGGAUGCAGCAGAGAGUGGGGUCCGAACCCUGGGAGCAGCUGCCACCACGGGGUCCAAGCCUCUUUUGGACAUUAUAGAACCACAGCUUGCUACAGUUAAUGAGUAUGCCUUGAAAGGACUGAAUAAGAUGGAAGAGAAGCUGCCUAUUCUUCACCAACCAGCAGAUAAGGUGGUGUCGGACACAGUAGGUAUGGUGUACCAGUCGGUGGCAGGGGCCAAAGAUGCUGUGGUGGGAGCUGUGAUGGGCGGUGUCGAGCUGACCCGGGCAGCAGUCAGCGGAGGUAUCAUCACCGCCAUGGGCACCAGGAUGGGCCAGAUGGUCAGCAGUGGGAUGGGCCUGGCCCUGAGCCGAUCAGAGGACUGGGUUGACCAGAACCUACCACUCACUGAGAUGGAGCUGGCUGCUGUUGCUGAACCUGCCACCUGUGAGGUCACUACCCCGUCUGCCAGCCCCAGCUACUUUGUCCGCUUGGGGAAACUCUCUGCCAGAGUACAGGAGCGAGCCCUACAGCAGUCCCUGGUCCGUGCUCAACAUGCCAGGGAUACCACCUAUACUGCAGUGGCUCAGAUUACCAGUACUCUGGACCUGCUAGAGAGUGCCCGCACCAGUCUGGGUACCGCCAGUAACCAGAUAGGAGGAGCCACAGAGCAGCUGCUGCAGCGCUGGACAGAGUGGAAGCAGAAGCAGGCUGGAGCUGGACAGACUGAGUCAGAGCCAGAUGGGACCAGUGAUGAGGCUGAGCAGCUGGAAUGGCGGGCCCUCUCCAUGGUGCGUGGUCUGAGUGACCAGCUGAGGUCAGCGUGCACCAAUGUGGUGUCAAGCGCUCAGGGUCUGCCAGGUGCAGUCCAAGACCAGCUGACCAGCGCAAGGCGAUCAGCUGAAGAACUGCACUCCUCUCUGGGGAACACUAGCAUCAUCACACCCCUACUUCUGGAGCGGAGCCGUCACCACCUGACCCAAGUUCAGCAGUCUCUGGACGGUGUCAUGGAGUAUCUACUUAACAACACACCACUCAACUGGCUGGUGGGACCUUUUGCCCCUCAGAUCACUGAGAAGUCAGAGGGAGAUGUGGCGAUGGAGCAGAGCGGACCACACAGCUAGACUUGAAGACUUUAUUGUGUUUCUCCAUGAGUCAAUCAAUGUGGUGACAAAAGAUUAGUGUUUACUGUAGAUGGACCAUUUUAAAAAUAUAUAUCUGCUUGCUUUAACGAAAGAGGCCUUAAAUUCAAUCAUGUUUUCUUCAUGAUGUACUAAAUUUGUACUUAUUAAUUGAUGACACUACAUUUGUGAUGUAGAAGUUAAUGGAAUUUAAUUAUGACUCAAGGCUCUGACCUGUGGCCUUUAGAGAAUUUACACAUUUGUGCACUUUAUCAUUUAUCCUGGAAAAGAUAAAAUAAUUUUUACAUCUGUUCAAGAUUACUCUAUGUACAGUAUGUGCCCAUACUGGUGUUUGUAAGACUUUUUUGUUAGUGCCUAAAAAGAACUUGAGGCAUUCUCAGAACUAAGCCAAAUGUAUGUCGCCUGUAAACACCAAGACCAUUUUAGGGCUCUAAAUUCCCUAGAAUAGGAGGGACAUGAGCAUGCAUAUUUAAUGAGAUGUAGAGUUCAUAGUAGAUUUGCAAUUUUAAUGUCAAUAUUUUGUGUCUGAACCUUGAUGGGUUUAUGGAAGCAGCUACUGAACUGUCAAUGAGCUGACAUGUCAAUAAAACUUUGACACAGCA